AUGGGCUCUGUUAACUCGUCGGACGCCUCUAUUCCUACAACUGCUACUUCUUCAGUUACGGCUUCUAGAACUCGUGCGCCCGUUCUUCUUCGUCCACGUAAUUUUCAGUGGUACUGGAACUCAUCGUCGAAUCCCUGGUCUUCAUCUAGCAGUGUGGAACCUGACAAUUGGCAAAAGUAUUCGGACAUUGAAAAUGAAGUUAUUGAAGAUGCAUUCAACGAGAAAAAAGAAGAGGUCGAACUCGAUGUAAAUUACGUCGUUAGCCUCGAACAUCAGGUGCAGUAUCACAACACUGAUAAAACUCGCCAGCGUCCAAUUAAACGCGUGCAACUCAAAACUGAUCGAAGCAACGUCCAUUUGCGAGAUGACAGAUUCGCAGUACCAGUCACAUUGGCUACGAUGACAACAGCAACUACUUCUAAAACCAAAGAAGAGAAGGUCCUUGAAGACCUACGAACACGUGGUGAUCUCCUUCGUGCGUAUGAUAAGCUUGUACUCCGUGAGAAAAAUAUAAAUUUCGCUGAUAUUUUGGAAGAUGCUGCUGGUGGAAUUUUAGUCGAAGGAGCUAAAAUUGGUAAAGAAAGAGAAGCACAGUGGUUGGCUAAACAAUUACUUGAUGUCAAACAUUUCAGUCAGGACCAACGAGUCAAUCAGUUCUCAAUUCCUCAGCCUAUCGGUGAGACUUGUGUCUAUCUCUACACGAAAGAAUCGUUUUGGUAUAAACUUCUCAACUCCUGUCUUCGUAAUCACCAAACAAUGACUCUCGAACAAGUUAAAACAUUGGGUCCCUUUUGUUGGUUACUGCGAUGGUAUAUAAACAAACAUACAGCCGAAGGAAAAUUUGCUGUUUAUCGUGGCCUUAACCUUACUGAUGAACAACGAAAAGAAUUUAUGAAGGAACGAGACUAUUGGAAUCCCAUAAAAUUCACUUCGUUCACUUCAACUAGCGGCAAUCGAAAGUUGGCUGAACGGUUUGGUAAUACAUUGUUGAUCUUUGAUUUGAAAGUAAAAAGUAAACUCAUGCAAAGUGAAUACGUUGAACCUGGUAUGGAUGUAUCACAUCUGUCUGAUUUUCCUAAUGAGGAAGAGUAUACAAUGCCCCCGGGCAGUCAGUUUCAUUUUAUUCGUAGUGAAUAUGACAAUGAAACAAAGAAACAUAUUAUUCAUCUUGAAGCAGAGGAGUGGCAAUGA